AUGACUCGCACUCGUGCCGGACGCGACUUCCACGGCCUGACUGAGGCCAACUAUCGUGAAUUUGAAUUAGCAUACUACAAAUACCACCCGCAAUCGCGCUCUGUCUCGUUUGAGAGAUAUCUAGAUAACGGCACACAUGUGAGGGAAAUAGAAGAGGCCGUGGUGAACAACUUUCAUGGAAACAGGUCGGGCCAAUGUUGUGGCUACGGUGCUCGUGGACAUGGCCACCGCUCGCAUCGCUUUGGGUCCGCUGAUCGGAGGGGAUCGCGUGUGCCUCUUUCUACAUCUCGCUGCGGUCCAGCCGACGACUUCGACCGUGUUCAGUUCAGGGAUGUUCCAUGUGAUGGCCGACGUGGAGCUGGAGGGUCCCUCGAUCGUGCAGGACACCCACUUCCUCGUGGUCAUUGUAGGGUACCGUCACCACCUCCCUCCCGCUGUGGUGGAGAGUCCUCGCGCCCACGGCAACAUCCUCAGUCCCAGUGGAACCGUCACCCCGCUUCAGAUGGCUACUCCGGCGAACACUGGGGUUGCUAUGGUCCUCAGGAUUGA